AUAAAAAAAAUAAAAAUCAUGUCCAGGAAUCUGAAUCGAUUGCUUGUGUCAUGCAAUAAAAAUUUACUACCUAAACGAGUCAGUGUACCACCUCGUCAAUUUGUACGAAAUCAAUCCGACGCCACCAAUCCAACUAAAGGUAAAGGCCCAAUAUCAUGGAAGAGUCUUGGUGUUCUUUCGGUAUUCGGUGCUGGAGGUCUUGGAUUUAUGUAUUAUGUGAAGAAUGAAAAAGAAGAGGCAAUGAUGAGAGAACGCAAAAGGCAAUUGGGUAAAGCACAAAUUGGUGGUAAAUGGGAUUUAAUUGAUUGCACAGGAAAGACCAGAAAGUCUGAAGAGUUUUUGGGCAAAUGGCUUUUAAUUUAUUUUGGAUUCACUCAUUGUCCGGAUGUGUGUCCAGAUGAACUCGAAAAAAUGGCUUUAGUUGUUGAUGAAAUUGAUAAAGCUCCUAAUAGCCCUGGAAUUCAACCAAUUUUCAUCACAGUCGAUCCGGCUAGAGAUUCAAAGGAAGUUGUUGAAAAAUACGUUAAAGAGUUCUCACCCAAAUUGCUCGGUUUAACAGGCAGCAAUGAACAAAUAAAUAAUGUUUGUAAAGCUUUUAGGGUCUAUUAUAGUGCUGGACCUCGAGAUCAAGAUAAUGAUUAUAUUGUGGAUCACACAAUUAUCAUGUAUUUGGUUAAUCCAGAGGGUGAAUUUGUCGACUACUAUGGCCAGUCACGUGAUAAGAGUCAAGUUACAGCUUCGAUUUUAGUCAAUAUGGCCAAGUGGGAUCAGUUACAAAAGAAAUCUUGGUUUAGUUAAGUAAGAGUUUUUUGUAUUUAAUUUUCUUACCCAACAAAGUCGGGGUGGUAGAAAUCGAGAAAAAAAAAUUAACUGUUUUGUUAUUUCAGUCGCUAAUAAAGUUAUAAAUUCUUAA